AUGGCAAAAUCAGCAGCCAAGAAAAAGACAACCAAGGAGAAGGAAAUAGAAUCAACUCCUCCAACUCCUCCAACUACUACUACAACAACAACAGAGGUACCAAAAAAGGCUGUUAAAAAGACACCAAAGGUAGCGGACACAAAAGGGGAAACAAACAAGACUCCCAAAAAAAGUAAGAUCAAGUACACAUCAUUCUCUAGCUAUAUUCAUAAAGUAUUCAAACAGGUGGUGGCACCAGACAGAAAGAAUGAAAAGAAGUAUAGUAUGUCAUCAAAAUCUAUGGAGGUAAUGAAUUCAUUUGUAUUGGAUACAUUUGAAAGGUUGGCCACUGAAGCAGCCAGUCUGGUUAGAAAGACUAAAAGACAAACUUUAGCUUCUCGUGACAUUCAAGUCGCAACACGUAUUAUCCUUUCUGGAGAAUUGGCAAAACAUGCAAUUGUGCAGGGAAUGGCUGCUGUCAAUAAAUUAAACUCUGAUAAAAAACCAAGAUCCUAA